CGCGCAGCUUCAUCAAAUGGCCAUGAGGCAAUUGUGAAGCUGCUGCUAGACAACGGCGCCAAUGUCAAUGCGCAGACUGAAUUCAGCAGCGCACUCUGCGCAGCUUCAGAUAAAGGCCACGAGGCCAUUGUGAAGCUGCUGCUGGACAACGGUGCCGACAUCAACGCGCAGACUGCAUGGAGCAACGCACUCUGCGCAGCUUCACGGAGUGGCCAUGAGGCCAUUGUGAAGCUGCUGCUGGACAAC